AGGCGCUCCCAGGUACAAUUUCCCCCACUUGUGGGCGUCGGCAGGGCUUGCGGUUCCACUUCCUCCUCGCCAGGGGCUGCUCGCUUUGCUUUCGCUGCUGUUGACGUCGCCGCUCCCGGCCGACCCCCGCCCCUUCCCGGAGCCCCGCUCUCGCUUUUAUCCCCACCCCCAGGUCCGCCCUGCCAGUCUAGAGCGGCUGGGCGACGAUUUGUUAGGCAACAGCGCGAGGCGAUCAGCUGCGAAGGGACGCGUCCGGCACGCGAGGCUGCUAAUCCAGAAACGAGUAUACAAAGAUUCAUGGAACCCCAGGAUAAAUCUGCACCUGUCCCACCAGCUCCCGUGUACCCUGGUUCUGCUCCUGGGUAUCCUGGAACACAGCCACCUUAUGGAUACCCUCAGUACCCCCCUGGGCCUGGUCAGUAUGCCCCAGGGCCUGGCCAAUAUCCUGCUGGCUUUCCAGGUGCUCCUGGACAGCCACCCUACGGAUUCCAGCCUGUUCAGCAAGCUUAUGGAGCUCCUCCAGUUCCAGGCCAGCCCAAUGGACCUCCUGGUGCUAUGUGGAUGCCAGCGCCACCUUCAAUUCCCAAUUGCCCUCCUGGAUUGGAAUAUUUAAGCCAGAUUGAUCAGAUAUUAGUUCAUCAGCAGAUUGAGCUCCUGGAAGUACUCACAGGCUUUGAAACGGCCAACAAAUAUGAAAUAAAAAAUGCAAUGGGGCAAAGGGUGUACUUUGCAGCCGAGGAAAAUGACUGCUGUACGCUGAACUGCUGUGGAACAUCCCGGCCAUUUACAAUGAAAAUCCUUGACAAUGUGGGUCAGGAAGUCAUUGAGCUCAGGCGACCUCUCAGGUGCUCCAGUUGUUGCUGUCCUUGCUGUUUGCAAGAGCUGGAAGUUCAUGCCCCACCAGGCACACCGGUUGGUUAUAUUAAACAGCUCUGGGAUCCCUGUCUACCUAAAUUUGCUAUCCAAAAUGAAGCCCAAGAAGAAAUACUGAGAGUCGUCGGGCCCUGCAUAGUAUGCAGCUGCUGUGAAGAUAUUAACUUUGAGGUCAAGUCAAAAGAUGAGAAAAACAACGUUGGAAGAAUUUCCAAGCAGUGGACUGGCUUUGUGAGGGAGGCCUUUACAGAUGCAGACAACUUUGGAAUCCAGUUCCCACAAGACCUCGAUGUUAAAAUGAAAGCCGUCAUGAUUGGGGCUUGCUUCCUCAUAGAUUUCAUGUUCUUCGAACACUCUGGACAAAAUCGGCAGCAGCGAGCUGGGGUCUGGUAGCAGAGCAGAUUUCUGGAUUAUAAAUACUUCCAAGAAAGCCCUCAUCCUCAUGUCACUUCUAGUCUUGCCUCGCUAUCAUUGUCAAGCCUGCUUUGAAGGAUUCCCCCACCACCACACACACAUACAUUAAAACUACUUAUUUUUGUAUUGUGAUUGCAGAUUUCACACCUAUGUUGGAAUAGUCCCAUUUAUUAGAGGCUGCUCAAUUCUUGAAAUAUAUACUGAUUUUAUUUUUUUAGUUUAAAUAUAUAUUAAAAAAAUAUAUACUUUUGGUGCGAGAUCCUUCUUUGUGCAUGUGCCAGUGCUCAGAGAGUAAACUGCAUUUUGUGUGAGGAAAGGGGCAGUAUCUGUAACUUGUGGCUAUUAAUUAAGGCAGGGAUUCAUAUCUGUUCUUUGUAUGUAGGGCUAAUAUACUGCUAAACUUUUGUUUUGUUUUGAGCCAAGAAUACUGGACUGCAACUCCCAUCAUCCCUGACCAUUGGUCAUGCUGACUGGUGCUCUUGGGAGUUGUGAAUCCACAACAUCUGGAGGGUUUCCAUCCCUUCCCUAGUAACUAAGGAGCUGAUGCCAUACCUCCCAAGUGCCUGGGGUUUUCCCUGCUGAUGUUCGGUGUUCCCAGUGCAAAUGCAAAAAUUUUAUGUAUUGCUUCUACAAUCUCCAGUCCAACAUUGGGACUCAUGAACCUGCAUCUGGAAAUUUAGAUGCAGCACCCACGAACCAGUGCCUGGAACUUAAACGCAUGCCUUGCUCCCACAACUUGUAUAUUUGCUGUAGAAAACACCAAAGCAUUCACUCAGCAAUCAUAACAUAUAGUGCUGCCAACAUGAGUUAGUGAGGGAAAUGGGGGCGUGAAGCAAAGAUGGAUUUACCAAUCAGAGGGUGCUAUUUAACCAAGUCACACUUGGAACAGACCCAGCAAAAUCAUUGACCUUACGUUAUGACUGUUGUUGAAUAUCAAUCAGAAUGUAUGUAAGAAACUGUAUUAAGUGGUCCAAUGUUUUAGGGGUAGCAAAUAGCUCCUUCCAAAAACAAACUCUUGCUAUGUUAUGGUGCCUAUAUAGCCAAAGAGGGGCUACGAAAGGAGAAGAGAAGGAGAUAUUAAAGGUUUGCAGAUAUAGAAAAAAUCAUGAGGGGGGGGGGAAAUGCCCUAAGAGAACAACCCCCCCCCCAUUUGAUUUCUUUUUUUAAAAAAAGCACUAUGCUCUGUAGUCAGAAAAUGCCAAGUGCCUGUAUGGGGUGUGUGUGUGAAAGAAUUAUCCUGACAGAAGGCAAAGCUAUAUGGCUGGAGCACUCAAUACUGCAACAAUUGGUUGCAGAUUGUACCUCACACAGAAGUAGAUGAUGCUGUUGUAUUUUUGACUGAAUUUCAAGAAGAAAAGGAAA